AUGGUGGAGCAGUAUCCGCGAUAUUUCAAUCCGUACCGCUAUUUCCCGAUCAACAUGCCGUUUUGGCCAGGUGAAAUUGCCUGGGAUGGAUCAUACACGGAAGAGACACGUACGCGAAUCAGUAAUUACAUGGUUGAAAUUGACGAGUAUAAAACAGUGAAGGGUACCAAUAAUGACAAAGAUAUACAGUAUCCUUUCGUCGAAAUGGCAGACAUGUGGGCUGGAGAGUAUCAGCAACUUGAUUUGGGCAAGAUUAUAGCAAAAACCGGCAUUCGUGGAUAUGCACCGGACGAGCGAGGUCAUCAGUCCACCGUGCGGGACGAUAAAGUAACCAUUGCGCAGUUGAAUGCCAAAAUUCGCCAGCUUGAAGAGCAACUCGGACACCCGCGCCAAGGUAACCAGCAGCAACAGCAGGGACAAUACCAACCAUACCCGCAACACCCCGGACAGCAGCAGCCGGAGCAGCCGCCGCGCCAGAAUGGACAGCAGCACCCGCGCCAGAAUGGACAGCAGCACCCGCGUCAGAAUGGAGAACAGCAGCGUCGCCAGUACCAGCCACGCCGUUGA